AUGUUCAAGUUUUCCGUACUAGUCCUCAUCUGCUCUACUCUCAAGUAUGCCUCAGCUGCCCCCACCAACGCUGUCACAAUCGCACCGCAUCCAAUCUCAUUCGCCAGCGCUCCAAUACUGGCCCCACCCAUUCAAUUUACACUCGAGCGUAACGGGCAUCUACGGCUACGAAAUCGCAAAGUUCUCGAAUCAAUGCCACCGGAAACACAACAUCCUACUCCUCCUUCGAUGGAACGCGGGAGCCAUUCAACUCGAAUUCCUAGCGAGGAGCAAUUAAGUCAAAUCAAACAAUUCAUCCGACAUCACGAGACGGGAAAGCCUUACACUCUUAAACCGGAUGGCACAUUUGCUGAAAUCGAAAAACGUGAUGGCACUAUCAAAUAUUAUUUUGGAAGAGUUGAAGUAUUCGACGAAGAAGGGUAUUCCUUAUAUGAGACAUCAUGUUGCUAUAGGUUCCCACAUGCGUGUUGCUAUUGUUGCUCAUGCACCAAUUUGGCGGAAUGCUGUACCAGUUGCGCAAUAUGCCUAGUCUGUAGUCCUGUGGCCUAUGGACUAUGUGCAGCUGGUUAUGUGUUCAGCCUUCCUGCUGGAAAAUUUUGUUACAAAUCACUAAGCGCAGUUGGAAGUUAUAGUUACAACGCACUUAGUUUGAUUGCCAGUGCUGCUUACUAUGAACUGUUACUAAUCGGCCGUUCUAGUUAUGGUACCUGGCAAAAGAUACGAGACCUACGAAACCCAAGGGUAAUGCCGAUGAAUGACUGUGAAGAUCAGCUUCCUGGAAAUCAUCAUCAAGAAGGUCAGCGUGCCGUUCCCACAUAG